AUGCUAGAUCUGGAGGUGGUGCCCGAGCGGUCUCUGGGGAACGAGCAAUGGGAGUUCACCUUGGGCAUGCCCUUGGCUCAGGCUGUAGCAAUCCUUCAGAAGCACUGUCGCAUUAUCAAAAACGUCCAGGUUCUCUACAGUGAGCAGUCACCUCUUAGCCAUGACCUCAUCCUUAACCUGACUCAGGAUGGAAUCAAACUGCUGUUUGAUGCUUUCAAUCAGAGACUUAAGGUGAUUGAAGUUUAUGACUUGACUAAGGUGAAGUUAAAAUAUUGUGGUGUCCAUUUUAACUCUCAGGCAAUUGCUCCAACCAUAGAACAAAUUGAUCAGUCAUUUGGAGCAACACAUCCAGGAGUGUAUAAUUCAGCUGAGCAACUCUUUCACCUCAAUUUCAGAGGACUGUCGUUUUCUUUUCAGUUAGACUCCUGGACUGAAACUCCGAAGUACGAGCCUAACUUUGCUCAUGGUCUGGCCUCUCUGCAAAUCCCCCACGGUGCGACUGUGAAACGGAUGUACAUCUACAAUGGGAACAGCCUGCAGGACACCAAGGCUCCCUUGAUGCCUCUCAGCUGUUUCCUUGGCAAUGUGUAUGCUGAGAACGUCGAUGUACUGCGAGAUGGAACUGGACCCUCAGGUUUACGGCUUCGCCUGCUCACUGCAGGUUGUGGCCCGGGUGUUUUAGCUGACGCCAAGAUGCGGGUAUUCGAGCGCUGCGUGUACUUCGGGGAUUCCUGCCAGGACGUGCUGAGCACGCUGGGCUCUCCACACAAAGUCUUCUACAAGUCUGAAGAUAAGAUGAAAAUCCAUUCACCCUCACCCCACAAGCAGGUCCCAUCGAAGUGCAAUGACUACUUCUUCAAUUAUUUCACACUUGGAGUGGAUAUUCUCUUUGAUGCAAAUACUCACAAGGUGAAGAAGUUUGUCCUCCACACAAAUUACCCUGGUCAUUACAACUUCAACAUUUACCAUCGCUGUGAAUUCAAGAUUCCACUAGUCAUUAAGCGAGAUAGUGCUGAUUCACAGACAGAAACAUGUACAACGUACAGCAAGUGGGACAGUAUUCAGGAUCUCCUGGGGCAUCCUGUAGAGAAGCCAGUGGUACUUCACAGGUCAUCAUCUCCAAACAACACUAACCCGUUUGGGUCAACCUUUUGCUUUGGACUGCAACGAAUGAUCUUUGAGGUGAUGCAGAACAAUCACAUAGCUUCUGUUACUCUGUACGGCCCAACACGGCCCAGCAGCCAGCUGAGAACAUCAGACCUGCCCCAGUGAGCAUCCCCUGCAGAGUCAGCU